AAAGCAAGAGAGGAAAGGGCAAAAGUACCUACAAAAUCGCUGUGCCGUUGGUCGCUCCCGCCCGAGGAGGGCAGAUGAACUUUGGAGUUAAGAUGCAGGGAGGUGAGCCGGCCUCGGUCCUGAAAGUCUCGGAGAGUGAGGGGAAGCUGGAGGGCCCGGCCACAGCGGUGACCCCGAGCAAGAACAGCAACAGCAGCUGUGGGGGUGCAGUCAGCAGCAGCAGCAGCAGCAACAGCAGCCGCGGCGGCAGUGCGAAAGGCUGGCAGUACAGUGAUCACAUGGAAAAUGUUUAUGGCUAUCUGAUGAAGUACACCAACCUCGUCACUGGGUGGCAGUUCAGGUUUUUUGUUUUAAACAAUGAAGCUGGGCUACUGGAGUACUUUGUGAAUGAACAGUCAAGAAAUCAGAAACCCAGAGGUACUUUGCAGCUUGCAGGCGCUGUGAUCUCCCCCAGCGAUGAGGACUCCCACACCUUCACAGUGAAUGCUGCCAGCGGAGAGCAGUAUAAACUCAGAGCCACAGAUGCUAAAGAGCGGCAGCACUGGGUUAGCAGACUGCAGAUUUGUACACAGCACCACACGGAAGCCAUUGGAAAGAAUAACCCUCCCCUGAAGUCACGGAGCUUCUCACUAGCGUCUAGUGGGAAUUCUCCCAUAUCCCAGAGGAGACCGAGUCAGAAUGCCAUUUCUUUUUUUAAUGUUGGACAUUCCAAACUGCAGUCGGUGAACAAAAGGGCUCACUUGCAUCCAGACCAUCUUGUGGAGGUCAGAGAAAUGAUGUCUCAUGCUGAAGGACAACAAAGAGACCUAAUCAGACGGAUCGAAUGCCUUCCUGCUUCCGGCCUCCUGAGUUCUUUGGACCAGGACCUCUUGAUGCUCAAAGCUACUUCCAUGGCAACUAUGAACUGCUUAAACGACUGCUUCCACAUCCUCCAGCUGCAGCACGCCUCACAUCAGAAGGGCUCCUUGCCCUCAGGAACGACGAUUGAGUGGUUGGAACCAAAGACACCUUUAUCAAACCACUAUAAGAAUGGAGCUGAGCAGCCCUUUGCCGCCGAGCCGAGCAAGCCCACGGCAGUCCCGGAAGGGCAGGCUGUUGCAGACUCUGGAGUGUUAGCAAGGGAACCUGAGGAAAUCGAUGCAGAGGAUGAGAUAGAGGACACUUGUGACAACAAGGAGGAUGACCUGGGGGCCGUGGAGGAGCAGCGCAGUGUCAUCCUGCAUCUCCUGUCGCAGCUCAAGCUGGGCAUGGACCUAACGAGAGUGGUGCUUCCUACAUUUAUCCUGGAGAAGCGUUCCUUACUGGAGAUGUAUGCAGAUUUCAUGUCUCAUCCAGACCUGUUCAUAGGCAUCACCGAUGGAGCCACACCGGAGGACCGCAUGAUUCGCUUUGUUGAGUACUACCUUACCUCAUUUCACGAAGGUCGAAAGGGAGCCAUUGCGAAGAAGCCGUACAAUCCUAUCAUUGGGGAAACUUUCCACUGCUCCUGGAGGAUGCCCAAAAGUGAAGUGGCGUCCAGUUUGAGCAGCAGCUCUUCCACCCCAGCCGUCACAAAUCAUGCCCCUCUGUCGGAGGAUGCUCCAACCCAGGGGGUCUCAGACUGUUACACUGUCAGAUUCGUGGCUGAGCAGGUUUCUCAUCAUCCCCCAGUCUCAGGAUUUUAUGCAGAAUGUACAGAAAGGAAGAUGUGUGUAAAUGCACAUGUCUGGACUAAAAGCAAGUUCUUAGGCAUGUCGAUAGGUGUGACGAUGGUUGGAGAAGGUAUCCUUAGUCUGUUGGAGCAUGGAGAAGAGUACACGUUUUCCCUGCCUUGUGCCUAUGCCCGGUCCAUUCUGACUGUUCCUUGGGUAGAACUAGGUGGCAAAGUCAGCGUCAACUGUGCAAAGACGGGAUACUCAGCCAGCAUCACUUUUCAUACUAAGCCGUUUUAUGGUGGCAAACUGCACCGAGUCACAGCUGAAGUGAAGCACAACGUUACCAACACCGUGGUGUGCAGAGUGCAGGGGGAGUGGAACAGCGUCCUGGAGUUCACCUACAGCAGCGGCGAGACCAAGUACGUGGACCUGACGAAGCUGGCCGUGACGAAGAAGAGAGUCAGGCCCCUGGAGAAGCAGGGUCCCUUUGAAUCCAGACGAUUGUGGAAAAAUGUAACAGAUUCUCUGAGGGAAUCUGAAAUUGACAAGGCCACAGAGCACAAACGUACCUUGGAAGAACGCCAGAGAACUGAAGAAAGACAUCGCACUGAAACAGGCAUUCCCUGGAAAACCAAAUACUUUACUAAAGAGGGAGACGGCUGGGUUUAUCACAAACCCCUCUGGAAAGUAAUUCCAUCACAACCAGCAGAGUGACACAUGCUUUCUAAGACUGGACCAAACGAGGUUCUCCUCUGUGUACCCCAAGCCCUCUCAGACGGAGUUGUUGCACUGAGUGACCUGCCUCCUAAUUUGUACAGCCUGGAACUAGCUGAACACGAAUGUACUACUCGGGCCCAUCAUCCUGCAGCAAGACCAAAGUGUUAAGGACCCGCGAUGGGCUUCUCGGCAGCCUGUUCACCAACAUGAGCAAUACCAUCUUCCAGCCUUCCACCCACCAGAACAUGUCGUCUUUUAUCCGGUCCGUUUGUUUGUACGGGGGCGACAGGUAACAGCAGGGAGAACCCAGUGACUUUGGUUCCGGUGUAGGGAAAAGUAAAGCCUCUGAGGCAGAGGUUUCUGCUUUCUGUCAUUACUGAAGUAGUCACUGCUCUUCUAAACCCAGCAAGAGGGAGACAGACGUGACCGACAAGUGGAUUCAGCCAUUGUGCCUGAAGUCAGUGUUCACACAUCACAAGGCCUCUUUUCCUCCGGAGCCUGUGUCUGCGCCUGAGGAAGCCCAUCACUUGCUCUGUUGGAACUCUCUUUUAAAAGUGUAUUUAUAAUUAGAAUUGUAACCAUGGAGGAAUUUUUUCUUCUGAGCAUUUUAAUAUACUUGAAAACAACAUUGACUUGAAAAAUUUCAGAACAUUUUUCAAUACCUAGUUUUAUUAAAUAUUACACUUAAGAGACAAUUUUUUUAAAUGUGUUCAUGUCAAUAUGGGAUUUUGGCCUUUCUCAAGAACUAAGGCGUUAAAAAAUAGCAAAUAUUAAAAAAGAAAACUGUUACUCUUUCCUUAACCUAUUUUCAUUUAUAGGUUCAUAUUCAGUAUUAUGUGCUAUCCUGAGUAAGUUUGCUUUAUCCAACCUCUGUUCACUCAAAAGUUCAAACUGAAACCUGUUCAUGUCUGUCAGUAAUUCAAUUAUGUCGGUGACUGAGUGCACGUAAAGUAUGGUUUUAUUUUAUUUUCAAGGAAAUUUCAAUGCUAAAGAAAGGGUGUGAAAUAAGAAGCAGGAAUUUACAUUCAGGUACAAAUUGGUUUUUUUAAUCGGUGUUUUAUUGGCGUUGAAUUGCUGGCAAUGAGCAGAAUAGUGCUAAUUAUGGUUUUCAUUUCUUUGAGUAUUUGCUGAGCACCCACUCGUGGUGCUGACCCUUGUUACUGCGAGCUACCUUCACUGUCCAGAGUGGUGCCUUACCCUGCUCCUGCCCAUGGUCUUCCAGUCGGCGUGCGCAGCACGGACCUGUCACUCAUCGGCCGUGCCAGGCGGCUGUGGCUGUGCUCUGAGAAACUCUUUCUUAGAAGGGUUAAAAGGAUGAAAACAGCGACAAUGAUUUUUCAGCAAAUUGUAAAUUAAAAGAAUUGGUUUGUGUACAACCAUUUUGAUGACUCCCUUUUCAUUUUUGCUGUGAAGUGCACUGAAAAAAAAAUCUCAAAAUGAGCUAUAGUUCAUGUGUUGGGAAAACUGAAAAAUAAAAAAAUAGAGAACAGCAGUGUUAUUGU